AUGUUCCGUAAUAUUUCUACUGCGGUGAAAGGAUGUACCGAAGUCGUGGCGACCACAACCACCAAGGCGCCGUGCCCAGGUAAACCAUCUAAACAAACUGUGCCGCCUAGGCAAAUCUACCUGACCAACUUCACCUUGCAAAGUAAUCUGCUAUCCAAGAAAGCAUUAACUCCAGUUACCGCGACCCAAAUUCGUUUGGUCCACACCGAUUUCAAGAUCCCAGAUUACACCGAUUACCGUCGUAACUCCGUGAAGGACCCGAACGCUUCUAACCGCGACACAUACGAAAGUCGAAAUGCUUUUACAUACAUGGUUCUGGGUACUGCCGUCACUGGCACAAUGUUCUGCGCUAAGGCAAUCGUUCACAAGUUUGUCUUGUCAAUGGCACCGGCCGCUGAUGUCUUGGCCAUGGCAUCCAUAGAAGUUAACCUUAGUGAUAUACCGGAGGGCAAGAAUGCAACCAUCAAGUGGAGAGGAAAGCCCUUGUUCGUUAGACAUCGUACAACAGCAGAAAUCGAAACGGAACAAAAUACCUCUCUGGCUGAACUCAGAGACCCGGAGGACGACUCUGUCAGGGUUCAAAAGCCCGAAUGGUUGGUAAUCGUUGGAGUAUGCACUCAUUUAGGUUGUGUACCAAUUGCCAAUGCAGGAGAUUGGGGUGGUUAUUACUGCCCAUGUCACGGUUCACAUUAUGAUGCAGCUGGAAGGAUUCGUAAAGGACCUGCACCAACGAACAUGGAAGUACCACCUUAUAAAUUCAUUAACGAUAAUACACUUCUUGUAGGUUAA